CAAGUACGCGUAGCGGGGCUGCGACGAAGUACAAGCUGGGAACGGGGUUUUGUGGGCACCAAGUCGUUGAAUCUGCGUGCACCGUCGGGAAAAUUUCCGGGGCACCCUUAGGGCGGUGGGCGUGCGUUUGUGGGCCGCAUCCAACGGUGUGGAGUGCUUGCUCCGGACUCUGCUCGGGGAUCCUUUCUGGUGGUCCGCAGGUGAACGUGGGCGGUGCUCAGGAUUGAGCCAGGGUCAGCUGCAGUGCCAGCAAUAUGUCUCUCUGAUUCAGAUCCUUUACUUUCCAUAAUAAUAUACCAAUCAGAACUGCGUGGCAUCUUCCUGAGCAAGAUUUUCACUAGUACACAGUAUGCUUCAUUUCAUCCAGAAGUUUUCUCGGACAUCUUCAAAGAUGCUGAAGUUUCCUUUCACAGUCAGAAGAUGGUCCAGCACAAAAACAGAUAGGCUUUGUCUCAAGAUCUGUCUCCAGAAUUCUCUUCCCCCUUUGUUUCCACGGCAUGGGCUUCUCUCAUCAUAUCCAGCGUACAUGAACAGGAUUCAGUACUAUCAUACUUCCCCUUGCAGUUUUAAAAAGCAAAAGCAAACAGUACUUCCAGCCAGGUCACCGAGCAGCAUCACUUCCCUCCCCGACAGCCCAAAGCCAGCGUUGUAUUUAACUCUGGCAGGACUGAUCCCUCUUGUUGCUCCACCACUGGUCAUGGUGGUAACAAAGUCUUACAUCCCUAUUUUAGCUUUUGUUCAAAUGGCUUAUGGAGCUAGUUUCCUAUCUUUUUUGGGAGGGAUUAGAUGGGGUUUUGCUCUCACAGAAGGUAGUCCUGCCAAAGCAGAUUACCUUAAUUUAGCUAACAGCACAGCUCCUCUUUUAUUUUCAUGGUUUGCUUUUCUUUUUUCGGAAAGACUCAGUGAAGCUAUAGUCAUAGUAAUCAUAGGUUUAGGGAUAGCGUUACACGCUGAACAUUUUCUUUUGCCACAUUAUCCCAGUUGGUUCAAAGCCCUGAGGAUAAUAAUCACUCUGGUGGCCUUUUUUUCAUUUGUAGUCACUUUACUGCUGAAAGAUAUUUAUCCAGAGAAAGGACCUAAGAGACCCAGUCCGGUAGGAUAAAUAGAAACUGCACAGUAGAUGAUACUAGCCUGUGACAUCACCUUUUCCUCCUUCUCUUUGACAUUUUUACCCUCACCAACGAGAAUGUGUUCAUCGUAAUUCUUGUGAAGAGAGGAAGAGUGUCUACUGUGGUUUUAAAAUACACCUUAUCCUCAUUUUACUUUUGACAAAUCAACAUUUUACUUUAGACAAAAAUAAACAGUUUAUUUGAGAUGGGAAGUCCUGUUGGUGUGCUACAAUAUAAUAUUGCCAGUGUUUUUAAAGAGGGGAAUUUCUGAAACAAUGGGAAUGUCCUGAACAUAAAAGACUGCCAUCCACAUGCAGCCUAGAAACCCAGAACAUCACCCCUUCAGCCUCUAAGAAGCAGUCACCUCUACCAAAAUCCUGGUUUCAGACUUAACUCCAAAACAGACGAUCAGUUCUGUUGUUUCAGUUUCUUUGGUACUUGGUAAUAGCAGUGAGAGCAGACUAGUUCAUCAUGGUAUUAGACUUCUCUCUGACCAUUGAGAUUAUGAGGCAAAACCUGUGGCUGAAAUGACCUGAUUUGGAAAGAAAGCCCAUACUCAUAAAAAACCUUACUGUUUUAGUGAGGAAACACUGCUUCUCAGGUACUUAAAACGUGUUUUGUUUUUGGGUCUCACCCAGUGAUGCUCAGGACUUACUCUUGACUCUGCUCAGGGAUCAUUCCUGACAGUGCUCAGGGGUCCCAUAAUCAUUUUCAAAUUCAU